AUGGCAAAGAAAGCAAAGGCUAGAGUUAUCCUCGUCAAAUUAUUGUCUACUGCAGGAACCGGCUUCAACUAUGUCAAGUCUCGCCCUAGAAUCAGCCCAAAGAUGUCUAUGAUGAAAUACGAUCCUGUUGUCAAGCAACACGUCCUGUUCAACGAAACCAAGAUGAAGAAAUAG